AUGGACCAAUCACCGCUAGACGUGCUCGAUGACGCAUCGCAGAGCGCAAGAAUGGAGCUGUCGGCAUCGCAGGACGCUGAGGCUCCCGAUACGCCGGCGCAAACGUCGCCAGGAGCAGAGCGUGGCGGCGAGCAAGCUUCGAGGCCUGCACUGCCGAUGCAGAAACGCCGGCGAGUCACAAGAGCUUGCGAUGAGUGUCGCAGGAAGAAGAUCAAAUGCGACGGCAAGCAGCCGUGUACGCAUUGCACCGUUUACAGCUACGACUGUACUUUCGAUCAGCCCUCAAACCGUAGGCGCAAUGCCACCCCGCAAUACGUCGAAGCGUUGGAGAAUCGGUGCCGCCGAUAUGAAGCCCUACUCAGGGCCAUACUGCCGAAUGUCGAUCUAAACGAUCCCCGUAUCGAGCCCGCGCUGCGACAAGGCUUGAUGGCCCAGAUGCAGCCUGCGUCCGCGGACGCCAGUCAUAACAACCGGGCCGCCCGGCCUGAGCAGGAACAGCCCUUGAAUGAUGCAGAUGGAGCCACAGACGCUCAUUUGGAGUCCAUGGUAAGGGCUACAGGCCAAUUAGAUCUGGACGAACAGGGCAACUGGGACUAUCAUGGCCACUCUUCUGGACUUAGCUUUAUGCGCCGGCUGCGGGAUCAAUUCGGAGACAUUAUGGGAGCGGUCGGAAGGUCAACGCCGUUUCUCAAGUCGCGGCCAAUGUCGCAAGUGUUCGAUACACCGCACUCAAAUAUUGGAUCACCGAGCGAUUCCCACAACAACUCUUUAGUGGGACUGGACCUGCCACCUAAAAGCGUAGCCCUUGAGCUUGCCGACAACGCUAUCAACGAUGCCACCAUCCUUCUUAGGUUUGUACACUGGCCUACCUUCGUAAAGAAAGUGGACAGGAUGUAUGAUAUAGCGCCAGAAGACUACGGAACCGAAGAAAACAGCUUCCUUCCUCUUUUGUACACGGCAUUGGCUGUGGGUUCUCUUUUUUCAAAGGGUCAUGCGGAGCUAGAUACUCCUGGAUACGGAGCUGCAAUAGAUGAAGGCUUCAAAUACUUCAAGGCUGCGCGCAAAGUUAUGGAUAUCGCAGACUGCAGAGACCUCGAUUCUUUGCAAGCGAUCGCAUUUAUGAUUAUUUUCCUUCAAUGCUCUGCGAAACUAUCAACAUGCUACUCGUAUAUCGGUGUCGCGUUACGAUCCGCUUUACGUAUGGGCAUGCACAGAUCAUUCGCCGACGGUUUCAGUCCAAUUGAGGCGGAGACACGCAAGAGGUUGUUUUGGGUCUUGCGAAAGAUGGACAUUUUCGUCGGCGCAUUGCUCGGUCUGCCACACGCCGUAAGUGAUGACGAGAUCGACCAGGACUAUCCCAGCGAGGUGAACGAUGAGAACAUUACCGAAAAGGAGAUCAUACCCAUGGCGCAGGGUACGAUCACUGUUCAAGCUGCUUCAAAUGCCCACACAGAUCUCCUCAAGAUUUUGUCCAAGAUAGUGCGCUAUAUCUAUCCGAUUAAGGGAAGUCCGGCCAGUCAAGGUCGGUACAGCGUCAGCUACGCUAAGAUUCGCGAGAUUGAGAUGGAAUUGAACGUGUGGAUAGAGGGGCUACCUAUGGGGGUGAAGCCUGGUGGAGAAGCACCGCCUGUGAUUGUGCGAGUACAGCAGAUGCUACGCAUGGCUUACGCGCAUGCACAGAUGAUGCUCUACCGCCCAUUUGUGCACUACGUGUCUAACUGCAAGUCCCAGGAAAUCGACAAGCGCUCCUACGCAUGUGCAUCCGCCUGUGUCAGCGUCUCGAGAAAUAUCGUCCACAUUUGUGUGGAGAUGAAGAAGCGGAACCUUUUGAUAGGCGGCUACUGGUUUUCGAUGUAUACGACCUUCUUCGCCAUAUUGACUCUCAUCUUUUUCGCACUGGAGAAUCCUGAAAACGCCGCCACUCAGGAUGUGCUUCGCGAUGCCAUUGAGGGAAAGGAGUGCUUGGCUCAGCUUGCCAAACGUAGCAUGGCGGCAGAUAGGUGCACGGCAACUUUGUCGCCACUCUUCGAUCAAAUAUCAGAACAGAUAAAGCGCAGUCGCGAUGUGGUUGCGGCCAACAGAAAGCGUCGCCAGGCUCCAUCGCCAAACCAGUACGCCAUGGAUAACGCACCAGUCAAGUCUAUGCCGGAAGCCGACUUGCCGCAGUACUCACUGAAGAGAGCAAACACAGUCCCUGAGGUUCUCAGUAACAGUGAUCACCAAGGAAGCGCCGUCGCCUAUCCAGCACCUAUCCCACAACGAAAUCUGAGCGUCCAGUCGACCUACUCAGGGGCUCCGAACCCCGAGUUCAUGGACGCUUCGAGUCUGCCACCCUCCUUAACUAGCGUAUCGACUUCCAUGCCGACGAUGAAUUUCGCCGCACCACAACCACACUUCUCACCCCUCACCCAAACGACCGACUUCAGCACCAACAGCGGCAGCUUCUACCCUCCCAUCCCCGACCUCUCCGCCAUGAUGUUCCCCUCCGCCGACCCCUUCGCCUACCCGAACCCCCCAAUGAUGACCUUCGAAAACAGCACCUUCAGCAACCUCAACAUGGAUUUCAACGGCGCCUCCGGGCCCCCCGGCGGUGGCGGUCUACCACAAUCAUCCACCCUCCCCGACCCGCUCUACACCUUCCCACCAACCUCGCAUCCCGGCGGCAACAGCAACCGCAACAGCGGCCUCUUCAUGCAGAAUCCCGAUUCCGCCCUCCCGUCCGGCCUGCCCUCCGGCUCUGGCGGCCUCGGAACCCCGGAUCCAGACGGCAGUGGCGAACUAGAUGUCCAGCUGUUUGGGCCGAUGCCGAUGUAUAUGAUGCAGGGCGGGCAGCAGGAGCAGCAGCUGGAGCCCCAGGGCAAUGGCAACGCCUUCCAGCCGCAGCGGCAGGCGCAAAGCGGAGGGCCUUGGGGGGUGCAGCAGGGCGGCGUUGGAGCUGGGGCGGAGGGCGUGAAUCUAAAUCAGCUGUUUGUGGGGCAGGAGUGGGCGGGUGUGUUUGGGGCGCCGGCGGGGUACGGGCCGGUGGGGAAAUGGGAGAAUGAGGGGAGGUUCAGGUAG